UAAUAGUUUAGUUUUUAGAUAUGUCUACACCACAAAUCAAUUAUAUUAACAUUUUAUUAUUAGGCGAAACUGGUGUAGGAAAGUCCACAUUUAUCAAUGCUUUUGCCAAUUACUUGACGUACGACACACUGGAACAGGCAGUCAAUGGCCAACCCCUGGGUGUCAUACCGACACAGUUUGUAAGGACCGAUGAAAAUUCGCAAAUUCAAUAUGUUGACUAUGGAAAACCCGAUUCAAACGAGUCACUCAAUUUUGAUGGUCAUUCAGUAACACAGGAUUGUUGGGCCUAUUGUUUUAAAUACAAUUGUCAUACAAUACGAUUGAUCGAUACGCCCGGUGUGGGCGACACCCGUGGUCUCGAUCAGGACAAAAUCAAUUUUGACAAUAUAUUGCGAUUUAUUGCACACUACGAUGUCCUGCAUCUGAUCUGUAUACUGAUGAAACCCGAUACGGUUAGACUGACCGAUGGUUUCAAGUACUGUUUCCGUGAACUACUAUGCCAUCUUCAAAAGGAUGCCUCAAAAAACAUGAUAUUCUUGUUUACAAAUUCACGUAAUACCUACUAUAGUCCGGGCAGUACUCUGAUGUUAUUGAAGAAAAUGUUAUCGGAAAUCAAAGACCAGCCGCCAUAUGUGGACAUACCGUUGACACCGUAUACACAGUACUAUUUGGACAACGAAUCGUUUCAAUGUCUGAUAGCGAUGACCAAAGGGUUGGUAGUCUCGGAAAUGGAAAGACAGGCCAGUAUUGUCAGUUGGGACAAAUCGGUUGCAGAGUGUACCCGACUGUUCAACUAUAUUGUCAACGGCAGUACAGGUUUUCAACCGUUAGUGCCGCACAAAAUACAGGACACACUGUCCAUCAACAAUACCCGUCGGCUGAUACUGGCGUUGGCCAAACCGAUAUUCCUGAUAACAAAUAUUAUUGAAUUAAAUAUGCAGAUAUUGGAGCAGGAAAAAUUGCAAAUACGAAACUGUCAAGGUAAUAUUGAUCAAUUGAAACAUCAACAACAAGUUAUGAGAUAUAAGCAACAAAUAUCGUUUUUGAAGCCUAUUUACUCGAUGUUUCGUAAUCAAUCUAAAAUUAACGAGGAAAGUAUACUGGAUCAUUUGCUUAGGCUAAAUACAGAGAAAAGAGGUAAAGAAACGCUUAUCCGUCAGUACGACAUCCGUAUUCACGAUAACAAAUACGAACAGGAAUUCAUACUGAAAUCGGUGGCCAAAUUUGCAUUGUUUCUCAAUCACAAUGCCCUAACCGUAUGCCCGGAUCCGUUUGACGAUUAUAUGGACAACCAGUUGACUAAAGCACUCAGAAAUUAUGACAACAAAAAAGAAAUCGAAAAAUUGGAAACAAUAGUCAAAGACUACAGGCGCGUCAAAAAUGUACUGGACAAUCUUGUUAAAAUGGGUAGUGUCAAUGUACAGACAAUUACCAUUGACUAUGUUAAAGGUUUGAUUGAGGAACUGUACCAAUUGAAUGAGACAGGUGCACUGAUCAAACAGUUGCAUGAGGAUAAUAUUGUCAAAUUGGACAACCAAUGCAAACGUAUGUCCUACCAUGAAAUUGAUAGCAAUAUGCCUAGAUCAGUUUUUAGUGUAUUCAGAUAUAAUUAA